UUUGAACAACGAGGUUCGGCACGCUGCUUCAAUGUCAUGCGGACUUGUAGGGGACAUUGUGACGUUUUCACAGAAUAUUCCGAGUCGGGAGACAAGAUAGUGAGAGAUAUGAGUAACUAAACAACGGUACAGUCUGAAAAUUAUUUUUCAUUCACGUAUGUUUGUUUUCUGUGUAACUUAGCUGGUCAGCAAGUUGUUGUGUGUGCAGCAGCCCGGGGAAGUCAGUCGGAAGAGCGACGAAGUCAGGAGGUUCAGCCAGCUGCAGGAACAAAACACUUAAGAAUGUCUGCCCAAGGCCACAAACUCCUGGUGGUGGGCCUGAGGACCACCUUUGGGCAUCUACAGACAAAUCAUAAACUCAGGUUGCCUGCAUGGAUCCCUGUCAUUGGUUUUGCCCCCAAAAGAACUUACUACCUGGACUCUAACUACUCCAGCCAAGGACAGACUCAGGUUCACCAGGGUAGAGCAGAGCUCAUCUCGCCAAAUGUCGGACUUACACAGAGGAACCUGUCUGCCAUGGCGAGCUCGCUGAUGGGCCAGUGCCGUCCGCUAAGUCGAUACGAUUUCCUGGACCUGGGGGCGGUAGAAGAAAACACACGCAAGGUUCUGGCGAGCAGAAGCCUGCGGCAUUUCAUUGUGGAUCCUGACCUUGCCCGGGUGGUGGCCGGCCACCUAGAAAGAGACUUGGCAGAUGGAAAGGCCGUCAUCUUUGAGUACAACCCUGGUCCUGGGAUACUUACUCGAGCCCUGCUGAACUCUGGAGCCCAAAGAGUGGUUGCACUGGAAGGUGAUAAGGCCUUCCUCCCAGACCUUAAGGCUUUGGAGAGAAAUCUGGAUGGACAGCUGGAGGUGGUGCACUGUGACUUCUUCAAGCUGGACCCAAUGGGUCAUGGCACCAUGAAGCCCCCAUCCAUGUACUCUGAAAAGCUUUUCAAGGACUUGGGCAUCUCUCAGGUGCCCUGGACUGCAGAUGUCCCUGUGAAGGUGGUUGGCAUCUUCCCCCAGCGCAACGAAAGAAAAAUGCUCUGGAAACUGAUAUUUGCUCUCUUUGAGCGCACAUCCAUCUUCCGCUAUGGCCGUGUUGAGCUGCUUAUGUUUAUGAGUGAGAAGCAGUACAUGAAACUGGUAGCUCCACCAGGAGAUGUGAAAAAGUAUAAGCCUUUGGGUGUGCUGUGGCAGCUGGCCUGUGAAAUUGAGCUGUUACACAAGGAACCAUUUUCGUCUUUUGUGACGUCAGUUAAGCGUAGUGGCACCCAAAAGACCAAACAGGUCCAAAAAGACGACCUGUGCUUGGUGAGGCUGACCCCACACCAACGCUUUUUCACCAGCAGCCUAACACCUGGCAACGGGGCCUCCCUGAUCGUGAUGGUCAAGCAGUGCUUGACUAAGAAAAAAUCACGACUGAUUGACCAGCUGAACACAUGGAGCCCAGAAAAUGGGGAAAAGAUCCUUGCUGAGCUGGGCCUCCUGGAGGACAUCCAGACAGGACAGGUGUUUCCAGAAGAGUAUAAAAUCCUCUUUGAGAACCUACACAAGUCCAAGGAUUUCAUCCAGAGAUGGCUGUAUGACCAUACCAUGGUGAGCACCAUGGCCACAGGGGUCCUUUAACAGUUCCUUGUAGGACAUGAGCCUUAUGGUCCCGCUGUUGAAGAGCUUCUCGGAAGUAACGCUGUAGAACAUCAAGAGGAUAGUCAUCCUCUUGGAACACGAGGACAGUGAUGUCCCGAAGCUCUUUGAAGGGGAAGUCUUUGUUACAGUCCAGCUUUUGCAAACCACGGACAUAAAUGAACACAUGCAGAAGACUGUCAAUGUUGGGAAGUACGUAGUCAAAAGCAACGGACUUCCUUCCAGCGCAUUGAAAUGAGUUUGUCGCUUCUUAAUGCCAGAUCACCUAAUUGCUCUUUUUCAUCAAAUGUUUGUAUAUAUGGCAUUUCAACAUCGGAAUAUCUGUUGUAAGACAAAAUCGACCUCAAAAAUCCACGACAAAGCUGCAGUUUUAAACAUCUUCCAUAAGAACUUAAGACCAGUGUUGCAGGAUGAUAAUCUUUCUGCACAUUUAUAUGGUUCAAAUAUCACAUGCACAGCUUUUUACUACGGUUUUUUACUGCUUGUUUCAGAUGGUUUACUUAGGAUUUGUCAGAUGUAAAAGAAAUCAAACUUGUCAGGUUUAAGGAUAAAAUACACUGUUCAACACUGAUUGU